AUGGUUCUUAUAUCGAAAGUUAUUGUCUCCUUGAAUAUUCGUGAUUACCGCCCUAUCAGCUUAGUAAAUGGGAUUUAUAAGCUGUUAUCAAAGUGCCUCUCUGCUAGAUUAGCUCCUCUCCUUCCAUCUAUGAUCUCGGAUCAUCAGCAUGCAUUUAUUAAGGGUAGGAGUAUUAUGGACUGUGCAAUGAUUGCUAAUGAGUUAAUCCAUUUUGCAAGGAAAAGAAAAGAGAAACUUCUUAUCCUAAAUCAUGAUUUUCAUAAAGUUUUCGAUUCUCUAGAUUGGAGUUACCUGCUGAGUGUUAUGAAAUCUAUGUCUUUUUUAGACAAGUGGAUUGCUUGGAUGUCUAAUUGUGUAUCUUCUGCGUUCACUUCUCUGCUUGUGAAUGGAAGUCCCAUUGAGUCUUUCGUGCUUAAAAGAGGUGUUAGGCAAGGAUAUCUGAUAUCCCCUUACUUGUUUGUUUUAACUGUAGAAGGGUUGAAAAGUAUUUUGCAGAAAGCGAAGGAGAUGGGUCUUAUUAAUGGGUUUGCUUUUUCUGAUGAUCACGACCCUAUAUCUGUUCUCCAAUUUGCAGAUGAUACAGUCUUAUUUCUCCCUUAUGAUUUUGAGCAACUGCGCAAUUUCACUCGAAUACUGCACUGCUUUAAAUUAAUUUCAGAAUUGAGCUUAGUAUCGGAUUUAGUGGGCUGCCGUGUCAAAAAUUUCCCCAUUAAAUACUUGGGUUUGCCUUUAGCGGUUCGUAGGAUUCCAGUUGCGACUUGGGAUCACGUUAUUCAGCGAUUCAAAUCAAAAUUUUCCCUUUGGAAAGAUAGAGACAUACAUGCAAAAGUUCUUUUGGAAAGUUGGAAUUUGCUUCUUUUUGGAGAUACUCAGCAGCUCUCGUUUAUUUGGAAAGGUAUUAGACGUUUUUGUUGUCUUGACGAAAAUGUUUUGCAACUUUUUAUUAUGAAUAUGGGUUUUAAAAUUGGGAAUGGUGAUUCGAUUUCUCUCUGGCACGAUAACUGGACCGGGAAUCAUUCGACAUCAGUUCUUUUUCCACGUUUAUAUCAUCUUCCAAACAGUAAACAAGCUAAGUUUAGCUCAGUUAUUUCGGCUAAUUGGAGAUGGCAAAGAAUACUUAGACUGGGAGAGCAAGAGCAGUUCUUGGAUUUUAAAUUGCUGUUUCUGCAAAAUUGUAAUUUUAAUAAUUUGGGUAAUGAUGAGCUGAUUUGGAAGGGUCAUAACAACGGGUUCACAGCUGCAAGUAUGGCUAGAAUCAUCAAAUCAGCUACUGUUGUUAAGUUUAUUUAUGUUCGGCAGCAACAUUUUCAAGUUUCGGCAGCAGGUGGGGGUAGCGUUCUUGGUCAGCAGCAUUAG